AUGCUUCCACUUGGCAGGAAUUACUAAGCAACAAGUACUAAUUAUCCAAGUUACCUACGUUAUCCAAGUUUUAUCCAACAUACCGAUCACUGCCUGAGUUGGAUGAUACGAAACCGCACCGCCGUGCCGUCAAUCGACGCCGGUCAUGUUGUAUUUUUGGGGGGAGUUUUCCGGUGCCUGCGCUGUCUCUUCCUACUGUCGAAUUACGGUUACGCUUUGGCUCCAGAAAGGGAUGGCCCUUAUUUGUUUAAGGUAAGAAAUCGUCUAGGUUAUUUUUGCUUGGCGUAGAAUGUGAGUCGUCCGAAGCCAAGAGGAAGCAAUUGAUUUGACUGCUGAGGUCUGACUGUCGAUCAGCCAUCCUUCUUCAGAUGGUAAGCAAAAAUACGAGGUGGGCGUUGCGCAUACAAGGACAGAAAGAAUCGAUCCGUCACCGACCCAUCAUCUCGCUUCAAAAAGCGCAAAGGCAGACAGUCAUCAAGACUAGGGAAUGAUAUCUGCCUCAGGCGUCAACAUCACUGCAAUCCUGAUGACAAAGACGUUCGCCGUUUCGAUCGAAAGACCAUUGCCCCGGGAAAAAAGCGGUACUCACUGACGCACUAAUCACCACCGACAGUUCCCAUCCGUUCCCAUCCGUACCCAUCCGUACCCAUCCGUACCCACUUCUGAAAUCUUCCGUUCUUUUCCCAAUCACGGAUCGUCACCUCUCUCUCAGCUCAGUGUCAAUCUGACAAACGUCCUGCACGAGCAUGCGUCACCACCCGCCUCGAAUGUAGGAUAAAUGACUCCCAGCGAGACUGCCAUCGUGCGUUGAAGAGGAUCCCGUUUCUCCUAGAAGGAUCGCACAAGUCCCACCGCGGGUGAGGCCACAAGAGUAAUCCCAACGACAGGCCCUGCCAUUUGCAAUCGCAUUUGUGACCCUGGACGACUCGUUAAAAGGCGCCACGCACCCGGUCAGAACAAGUAGGGUGACAUUCAAGCCCACAGACCCAGUCUAGACCUCUAUACGUACCCCUAGGGUGCCGUUUUGCGAGAAUUGGGAUUUGUGCCUGCAGUCCGUAGAAUCAAAGAAAGAAAAACCUCCAUCGCAAAAGCUGUUCAUCGAGGGGAGGAGCGACCGGGCCCAUAGCUGCCCUUUUUCUCCUUGAGAAAGAGCGCGGCAACUUCCCUAUAUUAUCCCCUACCACCUUCUGGACUUCACGUACCUUCUUCCUAUGCCACCGGUUAAUCACACUCCCGCCCCCCGCAGUUCGCAACGCUCGAAGUACUGCUUCUGUUCUGGCUGCUGCUCACCUGCACCCCACCUUACCUUCUCCUCCCUUCGCAACGAGACAACCUCUGAAGAAAACCACACCACGAUCGCCAUCGCUAUUCCUGCGCCUCAACCGGCAGGAUGGCUUCCGCUCCCCCUGUCUUGGCCCUAGAAGUCGCCCUCAAAGCCAUCCCAGACCACAAGGCUCCUGGCAUUACGGGCACUCGCAUUGCUGCCAUGACCAGCAUUUGUGUUGACAACGUUCAGUAUGAGUCGGCCCUCGUCCAGAAGCUGUUCACCUACUUCACGAUAGCAACUCCUCCUUACAAGCUCGGCGUUCUAUAUGUUAUAGACUCAGUGAUCCGUAAGUGGCUUGCGCAGGCUAGAAGCCGUCAGCAAGUCUACGAUGAGAAUGCCGCAGAUGGCACUUGCGGUGCUGGCGCGCAUCGACUGACGGUGCUGAUGCCUAACCUCAUCGAUGACCUGCUUCGAGCUUUGCCCGACGGCCACAAGGACAAGUUGCAUAAGUUGAUUGGAAUUUGGCGCAAGGCCUCGACGUUCCCCGAUGAAAUGAUAGAGUCAUUCCAGAGCAAGCUGGAGGCUACGCCUGUCCCCGUUCCAAAUUUCCAAGGACAGAACCAGGGAGAGCCUCAAUGCAGCGGCCAGAGCCAGAUCCACAAACAAUCUCAGCAUGGCGGUCCUGAUCACAACAACGGCCAACAGCAGAAUGGCAACCAGACCUAUAGCCAACCCCAGAUCCCCGUCCAGGCACAGAGUAUCACGCAGGUGCCAACCUACCUGCCGAACCUGCUCCCCAGACCCCAUAGUAUCAUGCCUCAGGAGCAACAGCAACAGCAACUGCAGCAGCAGCAGCCGCAGCCGACUGCGCCUCCCAUGAACUCCCAACAGUUCCCAUACUCAAUGCCUCCCUUUACGAACAGCAUUCUCACCGCGCCAAAUCCAGCCCGGUUUCUUCUGCCACCGGCUCAGUCCCAGGGCCCGCCUACUAGGAUACAGUUUUCAGACCAGCCUCGGAUACCCAAGCUGCCUUGCCAGGUCGCCGGUGUCUACCCCAACACCGCUCAGCAGAUGGCGAUGUUUCGGAUGACCCCCAGUCAAGGCACUGCUACCGACAGGUUUGCUGUCGUGCUCACGUCCGUCAGCGGCAGCCAUAACGGUGUUGCUCCCGUGGUAUCUACUGCCCCAGCGGCCUCUAGCCUUUCGACCCCGCCUGCUCCAGCCAUCACCGCUGUGCAGAAUCACUACAUCUCGGGACAGGGACAUGGCGGCUCUGCUCAGCCCAACGAUAACCUCGACCAGCAUCGGUACGACAACCGCGCUCGAUUCGGAUGGCCCAGCCGCCGUGAUAGUAGAGUCAAGCGUCGAGGCAGCAAGCAUCGUCAGCGUAAUCUGCCGCUGAGCCGCGAUGGUAGCCGCAGCAACGGCUCUCGCCACGGUUCAAACGACAAGCGGGUCGAACUCGACCGAUCUCUUUCCGCCGGCCACAUCAAGAGUCUCAGCCGAAGCCUUCUGAGCAGAAGCAUGCAGACUAGAUGGAGUGUAGGCUUUGGUCCGCGUGAUGCUAGCGACUACGGCAAUAACUCUAGACCCAUUGUGCCUGGAUUGGUCGUCGAGGCGCCCGACAUCGAACAUGGCGUCAGUGUGUCCCCAAAGGCCAUCAGCCGCCGCAUGCAGAGGGGCAAGAGCGGUAACGAUGGUCCUCGCUCUGUCCCUGGCGGACUUGAUGCAUGUCAUGAUGACCCUGGCCGCCGGAGCCGCAACCGUGGGAACCGCCGUGGUAAUCCUCCCGACGGUGAAAAGGACUCUGUCACCAACGGUCAGCCACCCCCGCAGCCAUUUCCCUUAGGUAUCGGCACCCUGCACAACGACAUGACUACCCAUACUCGGGCUUCACGUUCCCGGCCACCAAGGGCAACUAUCAGUCGUUCGAUUCUCUCACUUCCUUAAACAUUGUAUAU